UGCCGACAGUGCGGCAAUUAGCGUUUUUAACUACCCGCGGAUAAACGAAACAAAUUGAAAAAUUUUAUUAAACCAAGUUGUUAGGUUUCUUUGCAAUAAAAGUGAAUUAGAAUUUUAAAUCAAGUUAGUUGUUAUUAUUUUUUUUUUUUUUUUUUGCUGCGGUGAUAUUGGAGGCAUUUGAAGACACAAGGAAGGAAACAAAUUUACGUCAAGCUCAACCAAACCGGUAGAACAACAACAUCAUAAAUCAAAUGGAAAUUUCGAAGCAUUUUCUACUAUGGUUAUUUUGUCUUGGAGCUGAGCUGCCGGCAUCAAGCGGAUCGGGAAACUGUAAAUUCGAGGACACUGUAAAUUUGACAAACGCCCAGAGAUACUCGAAUGGUUCCUAUCUUUAUGACAAUGCUAUCCUCAUACCUGCACAUGAUGUUGAUAUCUAUGACUAUGAAGAAGUAUUCGAUGGAAAUCGUAUCUCAGUGGAUCCUCAUCCACGAGGAUGUCUUUGCCAUAGAAACGAACAUGGAAGACUUUGUGCCAAAUUUUGUUGCAACAAUCCAGCUAAAGAGUUCAUAUCUCAUGCAACCAAUCAAUGUGAGCCAACGGAUAGAACGGCACCCUAUAGUCCAUAUUUUGAUGUAGCACAGGCAAAUGGUUCAGCUUUGAGAAGAGAUGUUACCAAAGAUUUUGUGGUAAUUGCCGGCAUACCGUGUGAUAAUGCCUAUCCCUUGGAUGUUGUUGGUGGAGGAGGCACCAACAAAUGGCAGCUGUUUGAAAAUGGCUCUCUCUCCCUAUACCAGGGUGAAAUUGUAUUGAGCAAAAGAGAUUAUUGUCUAAUGUUUGCACCCAAAGCAAAUGGUAAGGAAAUGAUACUAACACCUAUGAUAUGUCCUGUGCCGGUGGUGAAUGAAGAACCUGUGCUGGGUGUAUUCAGUAGUAUAGCUGACUUUAUUACCACCAUAUUCAUCUCCCUUACUCUGGCAGUAUAUCUCUUACUCACCGAUAUCAAGGAUCUACAAGGAAAAUGUUUUAUGGGAUUUCUCAUCUCUUUGGCCUUGGGAUGUAUAUUCUUGACCAUCAUUUCUUUGCCGGAUGUGGUGUUUCCACAAUUUUCAUGUGGCUUUCUGGGUUUCAGCGCUUAUUUUUUUACCCUUGCCUCUUUCUUUUGGUUAAAUGUUGCUUGCUUCCAUAUGCUUAAGACUGCAAUGGGAUCCACCGAGAGUAACGAGGGCAAUAAAAGGUUAUUUCGCUUUUAUUCUGCAUAUGCUUGUGGUGUGCCAUUUGCCUUUACCAUAAUUUUGAUAAUUAUUCAAGCUACGAGUAUAUCGGACCGAUACAAGUCGGGCAUUGGAGGAGACUAUUGCUGGUUUGAUCCUACCAAUUGGUCUGCUAUGAUCUAUUUCUUCGGCGUUAACGCUUUUCUGCUCUGCAUGGACUUUUGCUUGUACUUCGUGGUAUUUCUUAACCUAAGGACAACACUUAAAACUCAACCCGAUUCCAAGGAAGUAAUUCUUCAAAAGAAAGACGCCCAACGAUAUGGAGUUUUACUGUUGAUUGUGGCCAUUGCAUGUUUCUUCGAUAUUUCGGCAAAUGUAUCGGCGGUUCGUCAAUUGGAGGGAGAAAGUGUGUGGUAUUAUAUAUCGAGUUUUAUCAAUGCCGUCUAUGGGAUUUUCAUAUUUGUGUUAUUUGCCUGGGGUCCAGUGAAGAAGUGGAGACACCAACGUGAAUGUUUACGCAAAGGAUAUGCCAAAGAUGAUGAUGACACUAAGAAUUUUGAAAAUAUUGAAAUAUCUACGCGUAACUUAACAUAGAACGCAAUGGGUUAUGAAAAAUUCAACAUACAUAUAUACCAAUAGAAAUAAGUUCUCAGUUUAAGGAAAUGUAGCCCAUAACAUGUAUGUACGUGUAUAUAAAUGCAUAUUAUUAGGUCUGUUUGGGUGCUUUUCCAGUUAAGGAUAGUCUGUAUGCCCUUUUGCUUUUAUUUGGUUUUCAUAAAACAGCUGUUCGCUGCUGGAAAAAAAAUUGCAAUUACCGAA